CUUCUCUGUUCUCCCUCAGUUUGCGGCGGUUAAGAACAAUCUUCCAGGAGGAGAAAGAGGGAACUAAAAAAACACAAAGUUCUCCGCAGGAAGCGAAGCAAGAGGAUUUUUAAAGCGGAGCGGAGCCCCUGAUUCUGUGGGCAAAAACCACUCAAGGUUUUUCUCUUUUCUUUUUUAUUUUUAUAUAUUUUUUUUUUUAUUUAUUUAUUUAUUUUUACUGCAACCACAAAAAUGAAUCGGAGUUUUAAUAAAUCACAACCUCUGCGAAGUAUGGAUUGUAACGCUGUUGAAGUAAAAAGCAAGUAUGGAGCAGAAUUCCGCCGGUUCUCCGUCAACAGGCUCAAGCCCGGAAAGUUUGAAGAGUUCUACAAGCUCAUUCUGCACAUUCACCGCAUUGCCAACAUGGAGGUGAUGAUUGGUUACGCGGACAUCCACGGGGACCUUCUACCGAUCAACAAUGAUGACAAUUUCUGCAAGGCAGUGUCAACGGCUCAUCCGCUGCUCAGGAUCUUCAUCCAGAAACAAGAAGAAGUUGACUAUGCUAACUUUGGCACCAACACAAUAACCCGCCGGAAAAAGGCGGUGGUGGCAUUGCGCAACAACGACGUCAACCGCAAGCGCCCGCACAUCCGCAUCGGCAUGCCGCAGGAUUUCCGACCAGUCUCCUCCAUUAUUGACGUGGACAUCCUCCCAGAAUCUCACCGCCGGGUUCGACUGUAUCGUCACGGGUCAGACAAACCUCUGGGCUUUUACAUUCGAGACGGAACGAGUGUCAGGGUGACCCCGCAUGGGCUGGAGAAAGUUCCAGGCAUCUUCAUUUCUCGACUGGUGCCUGGUGGGCUGGCAGAGAGCACGGGGCUGCUGGCGGUUAAUGAUGAGGUGCUGGAGGUGAACGGCAUUGAAGUGACUGGGAAGUCCUUAGAUCAAGUAACUGAUAUGAUGAUCGCCAACAGCCACAACUUAAUCGUGACGGUCAAGCCUGUGAACCAACGCAAUAAUGUGAUCCGCAGCAGCAGGAUCUCUGGCAGCUCAGGCCAGUCUUCAGACAGCAGCGGGUCCACAGGUUACCCGAGUUUGUCGGUGGCUUCAGCGGGGAUCACGCCACCAGAAGCACCUGGGUAUCCAGAUGACCUGGAGAGUGACGAGGAGGCCGAUAUCGUCAUUGAGAGCAGCCUGAAGCGGCCAUCUCAGAGGUCCAUCGCGUCCAGCGUGUCUCGCACACACCAGCUGACUCCAACAAUGGCUGCAGGCUCUGCAGCACCUCCCAGCCCUCCCACGCGUCCGUCAUCGGUGAUCUCCACUGCGUCCUUCCACUCCCAGUCGAGCAUCAACGGGGGGUCGCACCUCCUCCACAAUAGCAGCCUCAGUCAUCAGCUCCACAGAGACCUGAACCUCCACCAUAAGCCACACCCACAGCCCAAGCUCCUCCACCUACAGCCUCAGCAUCACGGCAGCAGCCCCGCCCUCCGCCACAGUAACGGCAGCCUGCACAAAAUCCUCAGCUCCAUGAAAACAGAUCCACGACACAGUCUGGCACUGCCCCGGGGAGGUGUGGAGGAGGAUGGCACAGUCAUCACCCUAUAAUACUUUCAAAUGCACAGAAACGUCCCAGCUGCUCAAAGACUUAAACUGGAACACCAGGCUGGGUGAACUUGAGCUUGACUCCGUUUCUUCCUUGAUAAUUAUGUAACUUCUGUUUGUUUUUACAACAUAAUUGAUGAUGGUAAUCUGCAAGCCAGAAAACAGGUGAUUUUGUAAAUAUUUUUUGUAUUCUUAAAGUUUUUCUGUCUUACAUCAAGAAUAUUUGUACCUAUGUAUGUAAUAAGCAUCAGAACAAAUAGCUGUUUUAGGCGAGUCCACUGUAGAGUUCUGAAUGUGCCUACAACCUGCUAUGUUUUUUUUAGUGACCACUUUUAAGAUUCUUUCAUUCUUAUUACUGGGACCAACUUGGGUUGCUUUUGGAUGUUUUUUUUAAAGAGUAAAUCUAUAUUUCUUACCUUCUGAUAAAUGCUGUGUAGAGUAUGAUUUUUAAUAGUUGUUUUAUGCAUUGAUGAUUGUGAUCAAAUCUUGUAUCUGUUCCAAUAAAUUAUUCUAAGUCUUAUAA